GCGGCGCCGGCGCUCAGCCCCUUCUCUAGGGAGGGGCUCACCUCCAGCUGCGGCAGCCAGGAUCACAGAAGCCCACCCUCCGCUCAGGGAGCACCAUGACCGAAGUUGGUUGGUGGAAGCUGACCUUCCUCCGGAAGAAGAAGUCCGCCCCCAAGGUGCUGUACGAGAUCCCUGACACCUAUGCCCAAGGGGAGGGCAGCACAGAGCCCCCGGGGCCUGAGGGCGGGGAUCCCAACAGUGACUUUAACACCCGCCUGGAGAAGAUCGUGGACAAGAACACAAAGGGCAAGCAUGUCAAGGUCUCCAACUCCGGCCGCUUCAAGGAGAAGAAGAAAGUGCGAGCCACGCUGGCGGAGAACCCCAACCUCUUCGACGACAGGGAGGGCAAAGGACAGUGAAGGGGGCCGAAGAGGGUGCUACCCAGCAUCUCCCUGCCUGCUCCCUGCUGUCAGCUGGAUCUGAGCUAGGAGCUGGCCACGCAGGCCUCUUUAGCCGCAGCUGAAGCCCUGGGGGCAGUUGAUGCCUGCUGGCAGGCAAUGUCUGGUUUUAGGUUUGUAUUUAUGUGCUCUGGGAAGUCUGGGAGAUCCCAGGGUCCUCCCACCGUCCCCCACCACAUACAAAGGCACUUUGGUUCAAGGAUGACAAGUGCCACCCAGGGAGUCAGCCCUCCCUGAAGCCGUGUCAGGGCGGGCAGGGAGGCGGACAAGGAAUAGAGUGCCUGACUGACUUCACUUCCUCCCAGGGCACGGGGUCAAGGGUGAGUUUGACUUGCUGCUCCCUCUACUGUCUCUACCUGUGACUGUUCCCUGGACCAAUCCUGAGAGUGCAUUUUCCAGCAGACGUGAUGGGGGAUGGUUUCCAGGAGCCAGAGGUGGGCUGGACUUGAGCUCACCUCCUAACACAAGUGGGAAACUUCUGGGAACUUUGCCCCCAGAUGUGAGGGGGAGGAGGACGCUGGCACUCCCUGGAGGUGGCCAGGUUAGGGACCCCAUGGGUCCAGGUUAGGGGAGGGGUUAGGGAAGCUCUGGUAGGACCUAACCACAGCCAGUUCUUCCCCACGGUAUUAAAGAUGGACCAGCCCCAGAGAGGAGUCCUUGAGCCUUGAAUUUUGUUUAAGAAAAUAACUGUAGGUUUCUCUCUUUGUAAUAAACAAUGCUGCAAAAGCAGGGCAUCUGUUUAUACGCUCGUCUUCCAUUUAUUGAGAGGACUGUUUAUGCCUUUGUUUCCCUUCAUGGAAGCGGAACCUGGUGCUCAAAUCGUUCCUCCCACAUUUCACAGAGGGUCCCAGGUGGCGGGAUGCAGGGCUGGGGACACCAAUUUCACCCCCCAGCCACGGUGCUUGUGGCACCUCAGUGGUCAGUCCCUCUGGUCAACAGAGGCCAGCAGGGGCUGCAAGAGAACGAAGCAGACCUCUGGGGACUGACCCAAAGUUGCAGUGGUUUGGGAUCAAGAUUCAAAGUCUGGUUCCACCUCUUAGUAGCUGUGUGAUUUGGGGAACAUUACACACACACACACACACACACACACA